AUGACAUCAUCAAUUGAAGUAACACCAGAGAAUUUUGUUUGUGCUGUUCAAACACUUUAUCAUGAUCAAGAUGCAACAAGAAAAAAAAUUGCUUCAGAAUGGUUACUUAGUGUACAAUCAUCGCUUUAUGCAUGGACACUUGCUGAUCAAUUAAUACGAAUGAAUCAAAAUUCGGAAGUCACUUGUCUUUCCGCUCAAAUUCUUCGACAUAAAAUUCAACAUAGUUUUGAUGAACUUCCAGUAGAACAUUGUAAAGCAUUGUGUGAUUCUUUAUUGGAUCAUUUAUCACGAGCAGAGCUCACUCGUCAUUCGACAGUGCGUGUUCAAUUAGCAGUAGCAACAGCUGAUUUAGCUCUUCAAUAUGUUGGUUGGGAAAAACCAGUUGAAGAUGUUGUUGAAAAAUUAAAAACAUCAAGUGAACAUAUGUUAACAUUACUUGAAUUUCUAACUGCUUUACCAGAAGAAGUCAAUACAUCAACAAUAAGAAUUGGAGAAAAUCGUCGUCGAUUUUGUCGAGAAAAAUAUUCAAAUGGUGGAAAACAAAUUCAUGAAAUUUUAAUAUUUCUUCUUAAAGUUAAUCCAUCACAUAAUGAAGCAUUAUUUAUUGGUAUACUUAAAUGUUUUGCAUCAUGGAUUAGUAUUAAAGCAUUUGAUGAAACUCUUCUACUUUCAUCACCAUUUCUUCAUAGUAUUUUAGAUAUUCUAAAAUCACCACAAUGUUCAAAUGAACUUCAUAAAAGUGCAUGCGAUUGUUUAUGUAAUAUACUUGAAUUAUGUGAGGAAUAUCAAAAAUAUUGGUCAUUGGCAGUUCAUUUAAAACAACAAAUUACUCAACAUUUGUCGCAACCUUAUUUUCAAGCUGUAAAAGAUGAAAACCUUGAUAAAGCUCAAAAUUAUACAAGAAUAUAUACGAACUUAAUUGAAUCGAUUCUUGAAUGUCUUGUUGAUGGUCGACAAUCAGAUUUAAGUGAUCUUUCCUGUUUAAAUCUCUUACUAUAUCCACUAGAACAUAGUGAUUAUGAAAUUGUUCAAUCAACAUUUUAUACAUGGUAUAGUCUAUCAGAUUUAAUUCAAACACAUAAUGAUGAAAUGGCUGAUAAAAUCAAACCAUAUAUGGAAAAAUUAGUGGAUAUGUUAUGUGUACAAUGUAAACUUGAUUCUGAUCAUUUAGGUAUUCCGCCCGAAACUGAUGAAAAAAAUUCAAAAAAUAAUCGAACAUCCAAUAGUGAUUUAGCUGAUUUUCGUUAUCGUGUUGAAUGUUUAAUUAAAGAUACAAUUUCUAUAACAGGUGCAUCAAAUUGUUUUCAACGUAUGUUUGAGAAAUUACAAUUAUCAACAUCUUUAUCAUGGGAAGAAAGUGAAGCUCCAUUGUAUAUAAUGAGUUGUGUUGCUUCGUAUUUAUCACCUGAUGAAGAUAAAAUUGUUCCCAAUGUUAUUCAAGCAAUAAUAUCAACACCAACACAACCAGGUCUUGUUCAUUCAGCAUUAAAAUAUACAGGUGUUCGAUUAAUUUCACAACUUGAUCAAUGGAUUGCAGAAAAUAAUCAACAUAUUUUAAAAUCAGUUCUUCAAUAUCUUCUUUCAUUACUUGUUGAUAAAGAAUUACGUUUUGUAUCAGCCGAUGCUAUUUUAAAUAUUUGUCAACAAUGUAGAAAACAACUUGUUAAUGAUCUUGAUCAAAUUAUACAAGCAACACUUUGGUUAGAUCAAAUUGAAGCUGGUAGUGAAGCAUCACAAUGUCUUCUCAAAGCUUCAUCAAAAUUAAUAUCUCGUAUUGUAUCUACAGAUGAUAUCCAUCGUUAUUUAAAAUUACUAUUUGAUCAACAAAUUCAAUCAUUAACUCAGAUUGUUUCUACUCAAUCUGAUUCAAACUAUACAUCAAUAAUAAAACGACUUGAUUGUCUCACAGCAAUAUUCAGAAGUCUUGAUUUCAAAAUAACGCAUGAAGAAACACAUCCAUGUACAACGAUUGUUCAACAAUUACUACCUUUACUUGAUUUAAUUAUUGUUCGAUAUCGUUCAUCGACAAAACUAAGUGAAUGUUGGUCACGUACAAUUCGUUUUAUAAUACGAUCAAUGCGUUCUCAUGCAAAAUUAUUCUUUCAACAAAUCGUUACUCUUGUAAUAUCAAGUUAUGAUGAAGUUUCACAUUCAUGUUUUCUUUAUUUAAUUUCAAUUAUUAUUGAUGAAUAUGGAAAUGAUCAAGAUUUAAAAGCAGCAAUUAUUGUUAUGAGUGAACAUUUAACAAAUAAAACAUUUUCAAUUCUUACUCAUCAAGAUGGUUUUAAACAAAAUCCAGAUCUUGUUGAUGAUUUUUAUCGUUUAUCAUCAAGAUUACUUCAACGAUGCCCACUUGAAUUUCUUAAAUCAAAUAUAAUACGACCAAUAAUUGAACAAAUAAUUCCUAAUUGUAACUUAGAACAUCGAGAUGCAAGUGCAAGUAUGAUAGCAUUUUUACAAGCAUUGGCUAAACUUACAUCAAAUCAUAAAAAAGAUUCAAAAUAUAAAUCCGAAUUAUCUGAAAUUCGUUCAUUAUCAAUGUCAUUAUGUGAAACAUAUUUUGAAAGUGUUUUAACAGGAUUAAUUCGUGCUAUAGUUAUUGAUCGUGUACCAUCAUCAAUUCGUGUAUCAGUAUCAGAAUUUGUUUGUGAUCUUAAAACUUAUAUGCCAGACAAAUUUUCACAGUGGUUACGAAAAUCAUUAACAGAAAUACCACGAACAAGUAAAAAUGGUUUAGUUGAAAUAGUUACAAUAAAACAGCAUGAACAGUUUUAUAAUGCUCUAUGCGAAAAUGAUAUUCAAUCAUCAACAAUAGAUUAUGAAUUCGAAACAUUUGCUAAAUUAUAUCGAUGA